AUGGCGUCCGGAUACAAACCCACCAUUGAGGAGCUGCUUCAACGUAACAUAGAAUAUGCCUCUACGCACACACCCCUGGGGUCCUUGAUGACCAGGAUGAAGAACAACCCCAAAGCACAUGGUCCACACGUGCUCAUUGUCUCAUGCUUCGACUCUCGCUCCGACCCCUUCGACUUUUUCAAACUCGUUCCCCGUGAAUGUCUGGUGCUGCGGAACGUAGGAGGCCGGUUUUCCACCGUCGCAGAACAGAUCGCCGCACUCGAUACUCUCUUCCAUGUCUCCCAGAUCGUGCUGGUCCAUCAUAGCAAUUGCGGAGCCUCACAUGUCACCAAGCAGCAGACUCUCGACAGCGUUCGCGAGAAGAGACCCGAGUUCACCGAGUUCACGGAGCUUGAAGCUAGACUGCCUAUGAAGGAGGACAACCACAAGUCUGUGAUCGAAGACCUGCUGAUGGUGAAGCACAAUGGUUACUUGAGAGAGGAUCUGAUUGAUGGCGCUGCCGGGUUCUGGCUUGACGUCGAGACCGGGUUGCUGACCAGAGUAUAUGCUGAUGGAAGCACGAGCAAGAUCUAG